AUGAAUGGUCACGGUCUACCGAUACAUGAGAAGCAAAUUGCUUUACAAUCAUUCACGCAGCGCGUUGGCGCUUGGCCGGAUGACGAUUGGUCCGGCAUUACCGAUCCGAGACAGCGCCGGAAGCUGCAGAAUCGUCUGAAUCAAAGAGCUCGACGUUUACGGAACAAAGGCGAUAUUGAGACGCAACAGUCGUCGUCAGCGGCACUUGAUGCUGCAUACCUGGAGACGUCGCCGACGGAUAUCAUUAUUCACGCAACAUCCUCACAUACCCUGUUGCAGGAAAUUGACAAUGUGCAUAUCUUACAUUUAGACUUCCCGGAGACCAAAGCUUUGAUGCAACGUCUGGAGACCAUAGCAUACUACAUGCUUGGUUCUCCACGUACCGAUCUUCUGCUCCAUCUUACCCAGCUAAAUUUUACUCGGGCACUCAUGGAGAACAUUAGGAUCCUGGGACUCACCUCGGAGGCAUUACACGACGAUGCCAUCUCCCCGUUCAACACCGCCGGGCCAUGGCAAUAUGACUUCGAGCAUUCCCUUCCUUCCACUCUUCAACCUACCAUGAUCCAGCGCUCUAUAGAACACCAUCCAUGGUUGGACCUGAUCCCCAUCUCGCAUAUGAGGGAUAAUCUAAUCUGCGCUGGAGAGUCAUAUGAUGAAACACAAUUAUGUCUUGACAUGAAGGGGAGUGGAAGCGUGCGCGAUGGAGGAGCGGGUAUUAUUGUCUGGAGGGACCCUUGGGAUCCAGCGGGGUGGGAGGUCACAGAGGCAUUUGCUCACACUUGGGGCUGGGUCAUCUGGAAUUGCCGCGACCUGUUCCAAUCUACAAAUCACUGGCGAGCAAAGCGGAACGAGAAACCGUUGUUUCGAACGUGA